UUCUUAUGUCCGAAAAAAAGUGAGGUUUAUUACAAUAAUGGCCGAUGGGAGUUUUUGUGACUUUCCCCAACCACUAGAUACGUCUAUGAUCUCUUCUCUACAGGCGUAUCACCAACGUUCAUCAUCUUCAGAAGAGUUUGAUGCACCUCAUGGAAAGUCAGGCCCUGGCUACUACAAUGAGUAUGGUCACCAUGGCAGCAUGGACAUGGCUGCGGCAGCCAUGGCGAUGGGACUGCAGUCCAUGGCCCAUGCCUCCAGUUCCCAGGACUUCUCGGGCCUCAACGCACUGGCGGCAACAGCGAUGUCUUGUGCCAGUGGAAGCAUGUUUGAUCAGAUGGCAAUGAACUAUCCCCUGAAGCCGGAGAAGAAUCUGCCACCUACACCUCCAGGGAGUCCUGAUGAUCCAAAGGAGUUACAAGGAAUACCUGGCUUGUCCAACUCAGACCACACCUCACAGAACAUGAUGGGCAAACCUGUGCCCAUAAGAAGAGGCUCAGAGAGAAGACAUGCCCAUGCCAGAACCAGUUUGACAUCACCUCCGAUGGUGUCGCCGUCAAUGAUGUCGCCAGAAGCCAUGAUGGACCCAAGUAUGGGGAUGAUGCAAAUGUCAGACACUGCCUCAUCACCUGCCUUAGCAAGAGCCCUCACAGCCAUUCAGUGCACGCAAAAGCGACCUCGCAGUGAGAAGAAGGCUAUUCCAGAUGAACAAAAAGAUGGUAAAUACUUUGAAAGAAGACAACGCAACAACAAUGCAGCCAAAAAGUCACGAGAUGCAAGGAAAGCUAGAGAAGAUGAUAUUGCAAUCAGGGCCAGUUUCUUGGAGAAGGAAAACGCAAUACUCAGGGCCCAGGUUGCGACUCUGCGAGAAGAAGCCAACUCACUACGGCAGCUCCUCCUUCAAAAGAGGUCGAGACAUUAGGACACACUGUUUACCUUUAUCUUUCAGAUUUUAUAUACCUGCAGCAGCUGUUACUAUUGUAUUCUGUGUUGUGUUUGUUUCUGUUUCUUGAAGGGGUUCUCUGCCUGGACAAUAUACAUCGCACACUGCAUGUUACUGGUCACAUGGGGAACAGUUCAUGACAAGCUCCUUGCCUUUGUAGAACAUCCCUCAUAAGCUGCUUGCUGCGAAUUUGCAUACAAUUCUGACAAAAUGCUUGAUCCAUCAAUAGAACAGUCCUGCCAGCUUGCUUGGUUGUCAAAGAUGGUCAUCUGCAUGAUGAUAAGAUGGCCAAUAAAAACGUUCCUUAAACCUGAAAGAACCCCUUUAAGACCCUCUGCAAACCUUCUCUCUAGUGCUGUGUUAGAUUAACAGUUCUCACUGUUUUAUUACUGUUGAAAUGGACUCAAAACCUUCCUAUUUAUGCAAAUAAAUCUAUGUACAUAGCAAUAGUGGCUUUAGAUAUUCAGGUGGCUAAAUUGAGGUUAUUAAAAAAGCCAUUAAGCUGAUUUUCAGAUUUACAUCCUAUUUUCUAAAUUAUUGUUAUUCGAUCAUUGAUAGUACAUCUAAAAAAUAAUUAUCAGAUAUAUACUUGUGUUCUCAUUGGUUAUGUUUCAGUGUAAGAGAUUGUGAAAAAAAACAAUAAUCUCACUUUUGUAACAUAUGAUAGAGAUGUGACAGCUUCAGGUCAGAAAUGGGGAACAUUUGUUUUUGUAAUGUUUUUCUUAUUGUUUUGGAAUAAUUACAACUUGUAUGCAUAAUCUAUUUAUAAGUUCUAUGCGAAGAAAUAGGAUGAAAUUCUGAUCAUCUCAGUUGGCUUUAAACCCCCAAUUGUUAGUGCAAAGGUCUUUACUACUUAAUGUUUUAACAUUGUUUUGUUGUCACAUUUUAAACCUUUGUCUUUUAUGCUGCCUUGUACAUUGCAUGACAAUUGUGAUUUUCUGUGUAGUUAGCUGAUGUCAGUCAAGAAAUAGCUGGAUAGCGAAUUUUGUUUCAAAACCAAGUUUGAAGGAGGACACUAUUCUACUGCAUGUGGUUGGAACAUGUUCAAUAGUGAUAAGAUGUUUAGUUUUAUUUCGCUAUUAAUGCCGUGCCGAUACCUGUAUUAGAAUAUGACUCUUUCUCUCAAAUAUCUUCAAGGGAGUAUCUGUAGACUUCGGAACAUUCAUUCACAGUAUACAACUGGAUGUUUAACAGGACCACAAAGGCAAUCCUGAAUAUGAACUGGGAUUACAAUCCUAAAUGCUUUUGAUAUUGAGAUCAUUUCGUUAAAAGUCAGAAUUAUAUAUUCAUUGCAAGAAAAUGUUUUAUACAUUUUACCUGAGUGCUAGCCCUGUGGUAAAUGUGUUAGGUUAUCAUGCCUACGGGGUUCAGUCACUCGUUUCAUUGCAAUAAGAUAUUUGGCGAUCCCCAUUGUGAUGAAGGUGCUCAAUUGUGAUGCAUAACAAAACCAUGUGAUCUCAGCCUCUGUACAAUGUAGGGAUGAAAUGAUACACCGAAAACCAAGAUUUGGUAUGCAUUACAAUAGUUGUUGACAAUGUGAUAUGUGUCACAAUGUGAUAUGUGUCACAAUGUGAUAUGAGUCACAAUGUGAUAUGCGUCACAAUGAGAUAUGUGUCACAAUGAGAUAUGUCACAAUGUGACAUGUGUCACAAUGUCUAAAAUUGGAGUAAGAUAGUUGAAGUUUAGUCAGAAGUUACCAAAAGAAAAGAAAACUUGAUUUUUUUUCCAAAAUAAUCAUUUUAUGUGAUCGUUCAUGUUAUUACAGAUGCCAGAAAUGCAUGAUCACACUGAAUAAUAGACUUCAUAUGAUGAAACGGCAUAAAACCAUUCUCUCAAUCACUCACAGGAUAAAACCAAAAUGGUGAGGAGAAUGUGAUUGUAAAUAAUUAAAAUAAUUUGUGAAACAUCUGUAAUCAGUACAAGAUCAGUAAUCAUGUACCGUAUCAUUCAGAUAAUUAUUGUGAUGCAUUGGCAAAUCAAUUCAGCCUUUGGCAGGAUCUUUCAUUUGCUUGGCUAACUGGACUGCUGACCCAAAUUUUGACAAUUGUGGAAUAAAUUAUAUUUUUAAAUAUUUCUCAAUUUCAGAAGUGAAUAUAACUCUUCAAAGAAGGUCAAUAAAGGGAGAAAAGUACUCCCCAGUCUUGUCCUUCCCCAAAACACCCUUUUUUUAACUUUCUCUUCAUUUAACCAAACCAAGCAGUAUUUACAAAAAUCAUUUAAAAGUAUAUAUAUAUUUUUAAAUAUAUGUAUAUAUUAUUACUAUUUCAAAAGGUUUGGAAAAGACUCUGCAAACCAAGUGAUUGAAAACAGGCCUUAUAACAUUGUGGAUCAAUUAUUAUUAUUGAUCAGCCAAGAAUUACAAUUCCAUUUAUUCCAAUAGCUGUUUAAUGCUGUUAUACACUGUUCUCUGUACAAUAACACUGAUAUGUGACCACCUAGGCUACAACGCAUGCAGAUUAAACAUCUGAAACCAGCCUAUUAGGAAAUGUGAUGAAUAUGACAAAUUAUAUAUUGAUAUACUCCUUAUCAAUAUGAUGUGAGAACUAAGAUGCUGAUGUUGUCUAUACCCAUGUACUAUUUUAUGAAUUUGAGUUUUGCCAUAACAUGAGAAUCAAUUAUAUAUAACCCCCGGUGAUUAUGAUCAGUUAUUUCUAACUGAUGAGGGAGGUACUUCUAUGUGAUCACGGGUGAAAGUGACGUUGGUUCUGUAGCUGGUAACAUAUGUAGUAGACUGUGCAUAUACAAGCCUAUCACUGCCAUUGUAAAUAUAUUGCUGUGUCAAAAUGAUGUAUUAAGUAUAACUGAAAAUUUAGAAAUAUUCUAUCCAAAGCAACUGACUUGUUUUUUUGUAAAAUGUAAGAUAAUGAUUUCGUUUAAGGAUAUAGCUGAUUGGUGAAAGUGUCAUUUGUGAAUUUAUACAUUGUAUUUAAACUUCAAGAAUAAUUUGCAAUCACUUCGACUGUCUUUUACAGAACAGUUUUAAAAAUCAAAAUUAUGAAUCAUCAGUUGAAACAAAUGUACAGAUCUACUCAAAUAUGCUCAAUUGAGAUAUGAUUAUGCGGAAAUGUGUAUGUUUGUCAGUGUUUAUUGUUUUCGCUCCUUGUUUGGCCAUAUGGGUUUUCACUACUGUUUCUACAGUGUAUACUAUGUGACAUAGUGUUUCUAGUAAUGUAGAUUAGAUGUAUUAUAUUACCAGCAAAUUGUGUGAUAGCCAGGAGACGUUUUUCUUUCAAUGCAUUUAUUUCAUAUCUGUAUUUUCCAACAUUUAAUAGUGGAGGAGGAUAACUAUAUGUUUUGCUUGUUUUUGUCAAAUUUAUUCAUAAAAAUUCUCUUAAUAUUUCUUUGUAGAGAGUUAUUGUUAAGAGAUGUCUUACGAUUAUAUUUUCUUAGAGAGUAAAACUAGCAAGCUUUGAAAAUCACAAGAUAAUAAAUUAAAUUUGUAUUUGACACGUCCCAGGAUGUGUAGGCUUUAUUGAAAUUGAAGAUCAAAUAGAAACACUGCUUGUAAAUUGCUAAUAUACCUUAAAAGACAGCAUGAUAAACUUUAUUUCCAAGCAUUAAGAUAAUAUUUGGGGAACAGAUUGAAUAUUUUACAGCUUUAGAAAUUCUGUAUUCAAUAUUUUUCAUUGUUAGAUAUCAAUAUGGGCAUUUGUUUGAAUAAAAAGAAUUCACUGAAUUCACUGAAAAAUUAUGAAGAUUCAUAUUGCCAGACAUUGAUGCUGAUAUGUGUCAGGUUCUUCAGAAUUAAGAAAAACAUGACAACUUGUUUAUGAGACUUCUCUAGAUGAAGAAACAAUCUAAGAAUGUGGAUGUUGCAGUAGUAAUCUGAGUACUGAAUGAAAGUCUUUGUGUGGUAUUUGUUGCCCAAACCAUUAACACCACAACUGUUUCGUGUCUAAAUGUAUCAUACAUCUCAGGGACAUAAGUCAAUACAUGCAAACUAUAGAUUAGAUUUUUUUAUGGAUAACCAAAUAUGCAUUUUUGAAGUAUACACCACUAAUAAAUUCUUUUUGAAAUGA